CAUACUGCAAUGAUUAUGGAGCGUAGGACUGUUGGUUUCUCCAUCUGCGACAUACUUCAGCAGUCAUCUGGUGCUAAUGUUGAUACUUCAUCAUUGAGUGCAACUAAUGAAACGGUUAGCAGUAAUCUAAAAUCUGAUCAGAAAGCUAGCAACACACCGACACCAACAACCUUAAUUGAUGAACGUAUUCCGGCUAUUAUGCAAGAAGCAUUACCACUUUGGUUAACCUGUACCCCACCGUUGUCGUUUGAAAGAAACUUUAUUGUCGCUCAGCGAAAUGCCGCAGCUUUUCCACACCUCUGGGGUGCAACAGGCAGUGCCGAAAGUUUACACCUGGUCCAGUUGAGUAAAUCUUAUCGGAGACGGAAGGCCCGUACUGUAUUUUCAGAUCAUCAGCUACAGGGCCUUGAAAAAAGAUUUGAGUCACAGCGAUACUUGUCAACACCGGAACGAAUUGAAUUGGCCACAGCAUUGAAUUUAAGCGAAACCCAAGUAAAAACAUGGUUUCAAAAUCGGCGAAUGAAGCAUAAGAAGAUUGUCAAGAAAAAUAAAGGUGAUAGUUGCGGAGAUGCAGACGACCAGGAUAGUGAUGCAUCUAGUUAA